UGUUGGGUUCCGCAAGGAGCCCUCCCGUUGGUGUCUCUCUCGGUCUCCCUCGCUCCCUGCCGGGGGGAUUCUCCAGUCACUCACUCACCAGAGACGCCUCCGCCGCCGCCUCCGCCAUGGACCUGCUGUGGCAGAAGGUGGCGUGGCUCUGCGGAAUGUUUCUCAUCACCGCCUUCUUCGCUCUGCUGCCGCUGAUCUACUUCAGGAACCACGCUCAGCCGGCAGGUCCCCUGGGCGUGUGCGUCCUGGGCAUGCUGCAGUGCGCGGCGGCCGGCGUCUUCCUCAGCACGUGCCUCCUCGACCUCGUGCCCGACUACCUCUCCUCCAUAGCCAGCAGCCUCGCCCAGUGGGGGGGCCAGACCUCCUUCCCUCUGGACAUGUUCAUCAUGGCCGCGGGCUUCCUGCUCGUGCUGCUGCUGGAGCAGCUGGCGCUCUCCUGCUGUUCCCACGGCAACCCCGAGGCACCCGACGACAGGGAGCGCCAAGCCCUGCUGGACCCGCGGGCCUCGCACUCGGGAGGUUCUCUCAACCACGGCCACGGCCACGGUCACGGCGGCACGACCAGCGGCUGGGUCAGGGUCGUGACCUUCGCCUGUGCCCUCUCCAUCCACUCGGCAUUCGAGGGGCUGGCGUGCGGCCUGCAGCUGAGUGCCACGCAGCUCGCCCGGCUCUGCGGCUCGCUCUUCCUGCACAAGGCCCUGGUGGCCCUAGGCCUGGGCCUCGAGCUGUGGGGGCCCGGAAAGACGGUGUCGCGCCCGGCCGGUUGGCUGCUGGCCGCGAUCUUCUCGCUGGCCUCGCCGCUCGGCAUGCUGGGCGGCGCGCUGGUGACGCGCGGCGACCCCGUGGCGCCCGGCGGGAACACGAUGGCGCGCAGCGUCCUGGAGGGCGUCUCCGCGGGCACCUUCGUGUUCGUCACCUUCGUUGAGAUCCUGCCCCAAGGCCUGCAGGCUCCCGGGCCUCCAAUGCUCAAGAUGCUGUCCCUGCUGCUUGGAUUCUCCGUGGUCACCGCGACUCUGUUCAUUGAGCCCUGAACUUGGCCCGCGACCUCAAGCGAUGUUGCAGUGUUGGGUCGCGUGCCCCUGUGCGGCGAUGACGGCGGUAGUGGCGGUGGCGACGGUGGCAGCGGUGGCGUUUGGCAGUGCAAAUCGCAUCUCAGGGCGCCGCGGUAGAAUUUGCGAUGCGCAUGCGGCAUUCACACCUCGAGGCCCCCGGGGGGGGGGGGGGGGGGAUAAUCACAACCAUUUCAAGCCGGAACGCCUCCGCUCCCACAACCACCCACAUCACCGCCAUCACCCGCACCUCCCGCACCCCCCGCACCUCCCACACCACUCACACCACCCGCACGUCCCACACCACCCGCACCACCCACACCACCCACACCACCCGCACCACCCGGACCACCCGGGGCGCACUCAUCGUUCUCGUAGAGAGCGGACGACGACUCGGUGGCGCGAUGACGAGUCGUGGGGAGGCAGCCACCGCAGUGGGCCACCGGCGCUACCAACAAUUGCCCAAGUUCUGUGGCCCUACGUUGGGAUUUUUUUCCCGCCAACUCCACCAAUGAGUGUCUAUACAUGUGGCAGGAAACCGGAGUGUCCGGAGGAAACCCACACGCGUGCGGGGAGAGUAACACUCAAAUCCCAGUAGCGUUGGCAAUGGAGCCACUUGCUGGACUGCCUUCACACCCUGGCUUAGCCCGGAGACGGUGACCUCAGCGCACACGGGCAAAGAGGGAGUUUCACGAGACUGCGUGUGAUCAACCGACCACGUGCAGCAUAGCCACUACGGCCACCCGGCGAUGGUUGACCCGGGUCAGACCGAUGCGAUCUGCGCGUGCAGGAACUGCCUGUUUACACAACCCCGCCAUUUUCACUUGGCUCGGCUGGUGAUCAACGGUAAUCUGAAAAGGUCCGACGGUGCAGAAGGUCCCGAGGCUUCGAUCUCCCUUGGAACGCACGAAGCCACAACCCCUGAACCGCAUCCGCUGUACAAAGCAUGGCAGCAGCAGCAGCAGCUGUGGACGCUGGGUGAUGAUGAUGAUGCACACAUGGGAAAUGACAAACUCUCCGGGCAAGGUGCGGAGACUGUGAUCUUCACCCAGAACAGAGCCACGGGAAUUGUAAACAUGCAGGAGGAGGUGGUGGUGGUGGUGGCAUCGUCAGAGCAGCGAUGGUGAUUCACCACGUACGGAGAAGAAAAUAGAUCAUUAGAUUCACAUAGAGAUCCAUAUACUCCCAUAGAAACCCACAGACUCGCAUAGAAACCCACAGGCUCACACAGAGAUCUAUAGAUUCACAUAGAGAUGCAUAGACUCGCAUAGAAACCCACAGACUCACACAGAUCUAUAGAUUCACAUAGAGAUCCAUAGACUCACAUAGAAACCCACAGACUAACACAGAUCUAUAGAUUCACAUAUAGAGCCACAGACUCACACAGAAAUCUAUAGAUUCACAUAGAGAUCCAUAGACUCGCAUAGAAACCCACAGACUCACACAGAGAUCUAUAGAUUCACAUAGAGACCCAUACACUCACAUAGAAACCCAUAGACUCACAUAGAAACCCAUAGACUCACACAGAGAUCUAUAGAUUCACAUAGAGACCCAUAGACUCA